UCCUUCCUUCCUUCCUUCCUUCCUUCCUUCCUCCAUCUUCUCUUCAGGAGAGAAGCCCUUCUUCCUCUUCGUCUGGGUCCCUCCAUGCUUUAAGGAGGACCCGUUCCGUCUCCCUUCUCCUCCUCCUCCUCCUCUCCUGGCAGCAGCCAUGGGGCUGCAGCCCUUGGAGUUCAGCGAGUGCUACCUGGACAGCCCCUGGUUCCGCGAGAGCGUCCGGGCCCACGAGGCCGAGCUGGAGAAGACCAACAAGUUCAUCAAGGAGCUCCUCAAGGACGGAAAGAGCCUCAUCGCCGCCACGAAGAGUCUUUCAGCUGCCCAAAGGAAGUUCGCUCAUUCACUGAGAGACUUCAGAUUUGAAUUUAUUGGUGAUGCAGAAACAGAUGAUGAAAGAUGUAUAGAUGCAGCUCUCCAUGAAUUCUCUAAUUUUCUGAAAAAUUUAGAAGAACAAAGAGAAAUAAUGGCCCUUAGUGUUACGGAAACUCUGAUCAAGCCUCUGGAAAGGUUCAGAAAAGAGCAUCUUGGAGCUGUAAAGGAUGAAAAGAAGAAGUUUGAUAAAGAAACAGAAAAGAACUACAGUUUAUUAGACAAGCAUUUAAAUAUGUCUGCUAGGAAGAAAGAAGCUCAGCUAUUGGAGGCAGACAUCUUAGUGGAGCAAAACCGAAAACACUUCUAUGAGCUAUCACUUGAAUAUGUGUGUAAGCUACAAGAAAUACAAGAACGGAAGAAAUUUGAGUUUGUAGAACCUGUCUUGUCUUUUUUUCAGGGUAUGUUUACUUUCUACCAUCAGGGAUAUGAACUUGCCAAAGAUUUUAACCACUACAAAAUGGCUCUGCAGAUCAAUAUCCAGAAUACAAGAAAUCGUUUUGAGGGAACAAGGUCGGAAGUAGAAGAGCUCAUGAAUAAAAUCAAGCUAAAUCCUCAGGAACAUAAAAGAGCUAAUCAGUUUUCAAUGGAAGGCUACCUUUAUGUGCAGGAGAAAAGACCUGCACCAUUUGGCUCCAGCUGGGUGAAACACUACUGUAUGUACAAGAAAGAAACAAAGAAAUUUACUAUGAUACCAUUUGAGCACAGGUCAGGCGGAAAACUUGGUGAAUUGGAAGUCUUGCUCCUUAAGUACUGUACUAAAAGGAAUACUGAUACUAUAGAUAGGCGAUUCUGUUUUGAUAUGGAAGCAGUAGACAGACCUGGUAUGCCUAUGACAUUGCAAGCAUUCUCCGAAGAGGACAGAAACCUCUGGUUUGAAGCAUUAGACGGAAAAGAAUCUGCAUUCCUCAGCUUGAACAGGGCUAAUAAAAAAAAAGAAGGAUGUGCACAGCUAGAUAAAACUGGGUUUACAGUAAUCAGAAAAUGCAUCAGUGCUGUUGAAACAAGAGGUAUAGAUGACCAAGGACUAUACAGAGUUGUGGGGGUGAGUUCAAAGGUCCAGAGACUUCUGAAUUUGUUAAUAGAUGCAAAAACAUGUAAUGAAGUUGAUCUGGAAAAUUCUAAAGAAUGGGAAGUGAAGACAAUUACAAGUGCGAUGAAACAGUACUUGAGAAGCCUUCCAGAACCCUUGAUGACAUAUGAGUUACACAGAGAUUUCAUCAUGCCUGCUAAAAGUGGCAGUCCUGAGUCUCGUGUUAACGCUAUCCAUGUCUUGAUCCAUAAACUUCCAGAGAAGAACAAAGAAAUGUUGGGUAUUUUGGUGAAACACUUAGCAAAUGUUUCAGACCAUGCAAAGAAGAAUCUAAUGACUGUAGCAAAUUUAGGAGUAGUAUUUGGACCAACUUUAAUGAGACCACAAGAGGAAACUGUGGCUGCCCUCAUGGACCUGAAAUUUCAGAAUAUUGUGGUUGAAAUCCUAAUUGAAAACCAUGAUAAGAUUUUCCAAAGUCUGCCUGAUGCCACUUUCCCUGAGCCAAUCUCUGUGUCAGUGUCUCCUCCAAAUGCUCCGCCACGACAAUCAAGAAGACAAGGGCAACGUACUAAGAGGCCUGUUGCUGUAUAUAAUCACUGUCUUGAGCUGGAUGACAAUGACAGUUUUAAUCUUCCCAAAGAAUGCACACCCACUGGUAGUACGGAUUCCCUUUCUUCUCAGUCUCCAACAACUGCUGCUCCCAACAGUCCUCCAGACGGACAGAAAAACCAUCUUAUAAGUGACAGUGGUGAUACAGGAGAUUGGGCAACCCCUCUCUCUAGUGAGAGUCACUCAUCAAUGGUUUCCUGGACAAAUAUGCAGUCAAGUGCAGCACCUACUUCCGUUGCACCAUCAUUAUCACCAUUCUCCUUUGCUUCCCCUGGCAAAGAGACUGACAGACCAGCUGGAAGCGUUGUCAGCAGAAAAGCAAGAGCUGUAUACCCUUGUGAGGCAGAGCAUAGCUCUGAACUGUCUUUUCAAACUGGGGCAGUUUUUGAGGACGUGCAUUUUUCACGAGAACCUGGCUGGCUUGAAGGAACCCUAAAUGGGAAGAGAGGCCUCAUUCCUCAAAAUUAUGUCCAGUUUCUUUAGUUCUCUGCCUUGAGUGCCUGAAAGGUGUACAUGGUAUCCAUGGAUUUCUUUCCCUUCUCUUCUCUUUUCUUUCUUUUUUUGACGCAGUUGCCACUCUUGGCUUCAGAUACUUUUAAUGAUUGAGGAGCUUGACAGUGAAUUGAAGAGCUUCAUCUGUGUAAGGACUUAACAUUUUGCCAAAUAGGAAUUAUACAGUUGUGAUUUCCAUAAUUUUAUAUUGGAGGAGGAAUUGGUUUAAUUUUAUAAAUUAGUAUUUUGUUUGUAAAGAGCAAUAAUUAUAUAUAUAUGUACAUAUGUAUGUAUCUGUGUACGUAUGUUUGUAAAAUAACCAGAUUCUUAAAUCGAAUGAUUGAUUUAUCAACCACCUAUCAGUUAAAGGAAGAUUACAAAAAGUGUUCUUUUUGUCCUUCUGUUCUUAACAUUUGAGAAGUUUGAAAGAGUUUAUUAUGCCAAACCCACAUGACAAAUGCUGAAGACCCAAACUGUUCAGAAAAAGCCCUGUAUAUUGAGAACUCUUUAACCAUUUAAUCUGACGCCUGUGUGAUGGUUCCAGGGAUCAUCUCUUGACAUCCAUAGGAAGAAAGGAGAAAGUCUACCUUUCAAUUAUCCACAGUAUGCAAAAGAUUUAAUACAAGUAGUACUUUUAAAAAGUAAAGAUACAUGUCUGAUUGAACUUCACAAAAUUUCUGCCUUUUGCUGAAUGGGAACAGAGCUGAAAUGGUCUGUAGUUCCGAUCGAGGCACUAAAGUUAGGGUAAAAAUUAUUGUGCAAGCAGCUGCACUUUGAGGUUGUAUGCAUAUGAUUUUGUGCAGCCAGUUGUUCCACAGGCACAUGUGCAGCCUUUUCACUUACUUUUUUCUUGGUGGGGAACUUAUUGACUCUUCCACAGUAGAUGAGCUCGAGGCCAUCCUGCAUUGCCUCUCUGUAACAGGCCAAGCAGUGGCAGGGUAUAACUAUACUACCGAUAUUGAUGCUAUGCUAAAAGUGUAUAUAAACUUCUGUCUAAUGCACUGUGGUUAUUACCUUUACUGUUUAUGAUAAUUUGGCCCAAACUAGAUAAUAUGACUUUGCUUGUAUUCUCUUCCAAACAUUUCUAUUUUUCAGCCAAGAGUCCCAUGGCCAAAAUGGAGCAGUUUGAUGGAGUGGGGCUACUUUUCAUUCAGCUGAUUUAAAAAUCUUUCCAACCCUUUUUUCCACCAACAAGGGAUGGGGAGAGAUAUUGGUAUCCUUAUUUUCCUAUCCCUUUUGGAAAGUAGCUUGUGACUGAGUGGGGAUGAUUUCUAGGCAGAAACCAAGAGGGAACUGUUUAAUCUGCACCUCAACUAUUUUAACCAUUUAUGAAAUUUGGAGAGAUACACUUGAGUGCAUGUCAUAUCUAGUUUGGACCUGUUAUUCACAUAACUUUGUGACUGAUCCAGGGUUUUGUUAUACACUCCUUAUUUUCAAACAAUCAGAAGGGUGGAAAGAGUAUCAAAUGCUAGUUUGAAAUCACAGCAAUACUAGAAAAGCUUAGCACCCAAUUUGUAUAUAUUAUCUAUCUGCUCUGUCAAGUCAUUCAAAUACGACACUUUUUAAAAUGGAAUUUCUAAACAUUGGAUUUUCAGGGGAGGAGGUGGUAUUUAACAGAGAUAGCAGAACCACGGAAACAGAAGUACUGAAACAGAAAACUAGUUUAUGUGCAUUACGUGAUUUUUUUUGUCCCUCAGUCACUAAGUGCUCAAUGACUCUUAACCAAAACUAUGAACUCUCUGCUGAGAAGUGUUGAGUCUCAAUUGGCAGUGAGUGAAGUCAGCAACGGUUGAUCCACAUCUGCAUAGUGUUCCUUGAGAGCAGAAUCUGUAAGCCAGUCCUAAAAUCAUUCUCAUGUUGGAGGCAACUGAGCAGCAUUUACAUUAUAUGGGCCCAGUGAAAUCAGCUGGGCUGUUUAAUUUGAUGUCUUCUCAAUGGAAAGAAAGGAAAGGGUUUUAAAACAAAACCCAUAAUUUUUCACUUUAUUUAUAGUUACACGGCACUAUAAAAUAUUUUAAGCCAACAAAAUAUUUUUAAAAACUUGUCCUUGUCCAUUAAUCUCUGCUUAUGCUAGUGACUUGGACUGGACAAAGAAAUGGUUCAAAUGGGUGCUCAUGUUCUGGUUGUUGUUGUUGCCAUCUGUUUCUUCCUUCCCCAUUUCUCUGAAAUAAUGUACAUAUAGAACCUGUUUUUGCUCAAACUGCCAUGUGUACAUCCCUGGAUGUAUGCAUUUCUCCCCGGAACAUAUGUGAUGAUGUAGCAAAGGAAGCCAAGAGCAGGCAUUUCCUUCAACUCUUGUACAGCAAGAUCUAUCUCAGGUUAUUUGGUGUAUAGAAUUCCAGCAGUGUUCUCUGAAGGCCAUGGCUCUUUAAGGGAGAGUUUCCCCCAAGAGACAUUGGAUUACAAACUUAUUUUCAGCCUGCAGAAGGGUCCCACACUCCUUCCUCCCAUGAAACAAUGGACAAAUGGAGGUCACCAGACAGGCUUGAAGAGUGCAGCUUUCUUCUCAACAGAAGCAGAUGAUCAUUAUACCCAUCUUGUUCUUGCUGUUAGCUGUAUCCUCGAGAGAUGAGACUUGAGCUACUACAUCAAAGUCCAUACCUGGUUCAUAUAGUCUGUAUAUUUGCCUCACUUUUUAUCUAACGAGUCAGAGAAUUUUUGAUGAACAAAUUUAAGCAAAUGUUAGUCUGUUUUAAGAUUUGCAUUUAAUGUUAAAUAAAAAGACAGUA